AUGGGCCGCUCAUCAACACUUUUCGUGUUGAUCGCCACCUACACUGCUGUUGUUGUGCUGUCCGCACACGUCGCCGGUGGUGCCACGUCGUCGAUGGAUACGGUAAACGAGGCGCAGAACAUGUUCGAGGUGUUGCGGUGUUUCAAGACGAUGCAGGAGAGGUUUGUGUGUCCAACUAGAUGAACUUUCCGUGGCCUAACUUUUCACCCACGUGGCCUAGAAACCACACUUCAACCACCGGAACUAGGAGGGAGAGGGGCACGCGAAGAAAAAACACAACAAAAGUUUCGCGUUUCCAGCGGAAAACGGAUAUACGUCAGCUACAUCGGCAACAUGAUGCGUCUCUUCGACUUUGACGGUCAGACACCCGUUGCCACGUGGCCGCCAAUUCUCAACAAAAUCGGCUAGGUUUGCAGGCGAAGAGGUCUCGUGCGACGCGUCGAAACAGCAACGUCUUCGGCAGAAGGCCGAUCGUCGGUGCAUCUUCUCGCCGAUCCACUGCCUCUUCAACAAACGCAUUCAGACGGCGAAGAUGUUGACGCAGAUGCACGGAGCGGCCGGCGGCGGCGGCGGCGGCGGCGGGAGAGUUUUCGCGGUGAGAAGACGGAGAUGA